AUGGUGUGCAUGCUUUGGCGCGUCCUUCGUUUGAAUGGCAUGCCUAUCGUCGACGGCCCUCAUUCUCGAUCGUCAAAUGUACGAGCACCAUAUCGCUUCACUGAUUCUCACGAUUAUGCUGAAUCUAUUGAGAUGUUAUAUACUCAGAAUCUGUUCCGGGUAGAGCAGAACGAUCUGAUGGAUGUAUCUUUUGUAUUGAAACAAACUUUUACCGGUAUCACUGCCUUACGCGUGAAAUGGCUGUGUCAAAGCUUUCGCACACCUCUGGCUGUAUCGGCCAACAACAAGUAUGGUCAUUACUACUAUAUGCAAUGGGUCGAUGCAUGGAACAUAAUACCUGCCAUGGGGAAUAUCAAACACUUGUACGUUGAGCUACGCUUAUUGCUCGCAACUGAAUGGCUGAAUGAGGCCAAUGAGGCGAUAUUGUUGGAACCAAUCGCAAAGAUCACUUCACUCAAGGGAUUUGUUAUUCACUUUAUUCUCUUCUCUGAGCGACGGUCUUCCGUCACAUGGCAAAAGCUGCCCUGCGAACUUCUCUACGGUAAUCUACAAGAGACAUCUUAA